GUACUUAACGAUUUAUAAUUACUGAAUGAAAUGUUUAAAACGGAUAAUGGAAACGAUUGACGAUGACUUGUGACACUUUUCAGUUGUCACAGAUGUCACUAUCGACGAAAUUGUACAAAAAUAGUCCGCUGGUUUUGUUUAUAAUUGAAGAAUGCAUUUUAAAGUAAAUAUUAAUGCUUAAAAUGACGAGUAAUUCUGAUAGCAACACACUAGUGACUCCUAAAAAAGCUAAAAAAACCAAAGUCUUACAAAAGUAUAAACCUGAGCGGGAAAAACAAUACAACUGGAUAACAAGUGAUCUUCAAAAUAAAACUAAUGCAAAAUGUAUUACCUGCGGCGUGAAUUUUACAAUCAGUUCAGCUGGCAUUGGAUAGGUAUGAAAAUUUAUUAAUGUGUACAAAUAUUGUUAAAGCUACGUUGCUUCCCCUUUCAUAUAGUUAUUUUAUUUACAUUUUUAACUUACUCACCUAGCCUAAUUCAUUAGGUUUUUUUACAUCUUGACAAAAAAAAGUCACCAGUUCGUAUAUGGUAGGACUUUAUAUUGAAAAGUUUUAAAAACAGUUAUAGUUGCAUGCAUAUUUGAGAAUCUAGUUUGCAUUGGCAAUUUAUACAUUAUUUUUUAAGCAUGAGCAUGGGAAAUUAGUUUCAAUGUUUCAAAUUCUAUGAGUUAUUUUAAAAAUAAUCUUGUUACUUGUUAUUAUAAUAAUAUAAAAAAAAAUCAUAUUAAUUGUCAGAAUUCUGAAAUGUUUAUAUUCUCAUUCACAUAACUGUUUUUGGAUAAAAUUAUAUUAAUAGAUAUUUUAAUAUUUGUCAUUCAAUUGAAGAAUAGGAAAUUCAUGAUUCAGUAUUAUUUUGAAAAUGGUGAUGGUUUAAUAUGGUGGUGAUGUCAGUUUGUUUCUUUCUUACUAUAGAUUAAGCAACAUCAAAAUACUCAGAAGCAUAAGAUGAAAACUGAAAUGAAGAAAACAUCUGGUGCAUUACAAAAUUUCCUUACAUCAAAUACUAAAUCAAGAUGUCAAAAAUCUAGUGAUGAUGAGAAUAUUACAGCAGCGGAAUUAGCAUUGACUUUGCACACUGUGAAGCAUAAUCUAUCUUAUAAUAGCAUGGAUUGCCUAAAUAAAUUUAACAAAAUUGUAUUCGUAGAUUCCAAAAUAGCUAGUAAAAUACGCUUGGCAAGAACUAAAAUGGAAGCUUUAGUGACAGAAGUGUUAGGUCCAUAUUCUGUGGAAAGUGUAAUAAAUGAUUUACAUGAUGAUGUAUUUUUCUGUCUCCAGACAGACGCAUCGAAUAAAAAGAAUAUUAAGUUAUUUCCUCUCGUAGUGCAAUAUUUUUCAAUAAAUGAAGGGAUCCAAAAUAAACUGAUAGAUUUUUACGAAAAUUCUAAUGAAUCUGCUAAUGGCAUGUUAGAAGCUAUGAAGAAGUCUAUGGAUUCCCACAACCUGUCAUUCAAUCAAGUAUCAGGUCUCAGUGCAGACAAUUGCAAUGCUAAUUUUGGCAUUCAUCACCCAUUGUACACAAAUAUUAAAAAUGAAGUACCAAACCUAAUAAAAGGCAACUGUCAUGCACACAUUAUCCAUAAUACAGUGAAACAUGCUAUGGGCUACUUGAUUUGUGACAUAGAAAAUAUUUUUUUAAAAAUAUACAGUCAUUUUACGGUAUCUGCUUGUAGAAAAGAUGAUUUAAAAAAAAUUGUUACUAUGGUUGAUGGCGAAUUUCAAGAAAUCAAACGUCAUAUUGGUACACGUUGGUUAUCACUACUUCCAGCCAUUGACACCCUUUUACUUAAUUGGGCACCAAUAUGUAAUUAUUUUAUAAGUUUAGGUGAUAAUUGUCCAAUAAUUAUAAAAGAAUUAUUAAAACUAAGUGAUCAACAGGAUAGGGAUGUUGUGGAAAUUUAUCUACACUUUACAAGCCACAUGCUUUAUAUAUUUAAUACAACAAUAAAACGUCUGGAAGGAAAUGAUGUGACUAUACUAGAUGUCUAUAAUAUUAUGGAUAAUUUAAGAAACGAAUUAGAACAAAGAAAAACUGAUAAGUACUUUGGUUAUGAAUCAAAAAUGAGAUUACAAAAAAUUUGAAAGUCAUCACCCAAAACAUUCAAUACAGUUAUCAGUAACUUUUCACUCUUUAUUGAUAUGAGCUUAAAUUAUAUGACAAAAUCAUUUGAUUUUAGCGAAGAUAACUGGCUUUCAAUACUUCCUAACAUGUCUUUGAAAAAUGAGGUAAAAUUUGAACAUUUUGAAAUGGUUAUUACAAAGGCUAAAUUACAAGACAGAUUAAAUAUUAAGAUGGACGAUGUGUAUUCCGAAUCUAUAAGACUUAAAGAGAUCCAGAGAAAAUUCACUAAUGAUGAUAAAGAAUUUUCUGUGAAAAGUACAGUAGAAAAAUGGCAAUAUAUACUAAAAAUGCAUCUGAUAGCUUACCAAAUAUAAAAAAAAAAAAUCUUACCUACUCUCCAUUCCCGCCACUUCAGCUUUCACUGAAAGAGUUUUUUCAGUAAUGAAUCUAAAGUGGCGAGAAGAAAGAAAUCAAGAAAAAAAGAGCAUCAAUAAAUUUAAUUAAAAACGAAUUGUUUAUUUAUUUAAAUUUAAAUGUUGAUUGUCAAACAAGCUUUGCAACAUUUAAAGAUAACAAAAAAUUGCUAGCAUGUGCUAAAAGCACGCAAAAAUACGUUUUUAAAGCAAUAAAAACAUAAAAUUUGAAAAAUACUCUUUUUUUACUUCCUAAUACUUUAUUUUUUUCCUAUCCAAAGCAGUUUAUACGUUUUUUUUAAUCAAAAAUGUUGGCAGCCCUAGCGGCGACAGGCCCCUUCUCGAAAAUUCAAGGAGUCGCGGGAGACGCGCCUUUGAAGCGACACUACGCAAUUCCGCUUCCCGCAGCUCUCUCUGCGAUCCGAUAUUUUAUCACAUUUUUACUUGCCGGCUCCUCUGGCUGAACCAAAUUAUUUGUUAAGGAAAUAAUAAACGCUUUCCUCGAACAAGAAGACUUUUUUCUUCCUGCUAAAAUGUGCAUUUAAUUCGACGAUUCAAAGAUAUACUGCGGCUGAAUAUCACGAUUUUGCUCCGUAUUAUUUAUUCAAUACAUUACCGAA